AUUACAUUGCCUUGUUAAGUUGUGUGGCUCUUGCCGGGGCGUCCCUCCCUCCUUGUCGGCUUCGAUAGAUUAUUCCCGCACUCCCCUCCCCUCACGAUUGCAAUGUUAGAUUCUUGUAGGCAGGUGGCGCAUUCGCUCUGCCAGGCAGUCCACUGAUCCGGUCCGCUUCCCCACUCUGUCAACUUCUCUGACCGGGUACGAAUCUAGGAAGAUGGCGGCAGAGGAUCGCUCCAGGUCGGAAUCCGCUCGGGUGAAGCGCCGGGAGCAGCUGAGCCGAUGGACCGGCUCGGAAACGGACCGGUCCGAGGCAGAGUCCCGGGAUCGGCCCGGGGGAACAGGCCAGUCUCGGUACCGGGUCCGCUUCGCUCAGGGAGCCGUGUUCAUGGCAGCUUGCUCGGCGGGCGAUCGGGAGGAGGUCCGGGGUUUGCUUCAACAGGGCGCUGCUAUCAACCACACGAAUGUGGACGGGCUAACAGCGUUACACCAGGCCUGUAUUGAUGAGAAUCUGGACAUGGUGGAGUUUCUGGUGGAGCACGGAGCGAAUGUGAACCAGCCCGACAACGAGGGCUGGACCCCCCUGCACGCCGCUGCGUCCUGUGGCUUCACGGAGAUUGCGGGGUUCCUGAUCAAAAAGGGGGCGAGCGUGGCGGCGGUGAACAGCGAGGGCGAGCUGCCCCUGGACGUGGCGCAGGAGUCGGCCAUGGAGAGGCUGCUGCAGGCAGAGAUCAAGAAGCAAGGGGUGGAUGUGGAGUUGGCUCGCCAGGAGGAGAAGAGGAUGAUGCUGCAGGAUGCUCAGCAGUAUGUCAAUCAGGGCAAGGUCACGGUGAGCCGGCACCCCAAAACUGGGGCCACCGACCUGCACGUCGCUGCAGCCAAGGGGUACCUCGAAGUCAUCAAGCUGCUGCUGAAGGCUGGGUUCGAUGUGAAUGUGAAGGAUAAUGAUGGCUGGAGCUCCCUGCAUGCUGCAGCGCACUGGGGCCAGGAGGAGGUGUGCCGGCUGCUGGGGGAGAGUCUGUGUGACAUGCAGGCUGUCAACAAAGUGGGUCAGACUGCCUUCGAUGUGGCUGAUGAGAGCCUGGUGGAAAUGCUGGAGGAGUUGCAGAAGAAACAGAGCCAGUUGCGGAUCGAGAAGGAGAAGCAGGCCAAGCUGCAGCCGGCUGUCAUCGAGACAAGCCCGCUAUCCCAGAGUGCCCAGAGCCGCACACGCAGGAGCUCUAUUUCUCGUAUGAGCAGCAAAGAGAAGAUUUCUCUGCACGACAAGGAGAGGCGUGCCCUGGAGACACUCGAACCUGUGGCCUUCGAGGGCGUGGAGGAGGAGAGGAGGAGAGAGGGGGAGUCGAGCAGCUCCAGCUCAGAGGAGGAAUCUGACACUGAGUCAGAGACCGAGUCAGAGAAAGUAAAAACUCGUGAAAUGAUCAAUAAUCUGAACAACAAACUGAACAGCUCCGCCAUCGCCGCGGCAACCAGCGGACUCGGCAAGAAGGGCUCCAGCUCCCCCAGCAAGCCCCCUGCAGCCCCUCGCUCUGCCACAGGUGGGGUGGAAGAGGAGAAAAAGGACGGAGCAGCGCCCGCUACCUCCUGGAGAACCUCGCUGCGUAAGACAGGCAGCUACGGGGCCCUGAACAGCGCAGGGGCCCCUGGGGGCCAGGAGGAGAGCAAGGCCCGGGACAGCAGUGGGGGGGUCAGCCGGUCCGCGUCCAGCCCCCGGCUCACAGGCACAGAGACAGAGGCCAAGGACAGAGAGAGCAGGGAGCCCCGCCUGGCCCGGGUCCCCCCCACCCCCACCCGACGCCUCUUCAGCAUCCCGGAUAGCAGCCAGGAGCCCCCCAGCAGCAGUAGCUCGUAUCCACGGCAGCCCGCGACGGACAACAGCACUGAUGUCACGGGCACGCUCGCCAGGAGCUCCUCCUACACGCGCCGCCUCAACAGCCAAUCAGGGAGCGAGGUCACCAGCUCCACCCCCAGCUUCCAGCGCAGCUCCUCCUUCGGACGCAAAGCAGAGGAUUCUGGGACGACUUCCACCUCCUCAGCCCUCAGCCGACUCAAUGCCCUCACGGCGCAGAGGCUUGCACGGCAGACGGAGGACAAAGACGCUGUUUCCACGACAGCUACGACAUCAUCAUCCUCAUCCAGCGCGACCGCCAGCACCCAGAGCGAGACCAAGGAGCGGCGCAGGUCGUACCUGACCCCGGUGCGAGACGAGGAGGCUGAGGCCCAGAGGAAGGCGCGAUCCCGACACGCCCGGCAGUCCCGGAGAUCCACACAGGGAGUCACUCUGACGGACCUCCAUGAGGCUGAGAAGACGAUGAAGGGACAGCAGGAGGCGAGAGCGACCGAGCAGAGAGAGGAGGAGAGGAAGAGAGAGGAGGAGAAGGAGAAGGAGAAGGAGAAGGAGAAGGAGAGAGCGGAAGCACUGAGCAAGCACCGAGCUAGCAGGACUGGAGAAGAGGGGGAGGUCAGCUGGAGGUCACGCAUUGCGAAUCUGCAGAAGUCAGACCUGCUGGGCCUCACGACCCCCGCUGACCCCAGCCGACCUGCCAGAGCUGAGGAGAGCAAAGAGGCUCAGCAGAGCACCUUGGGGGAGAAGGAUGACAAGCUGGGGCCGGGAGUGAGAGACCGACGCAGACCACGAGGAAAGAGAAGAGGAGAGGGACUGAACAACACGAGUGAUGACGAGGAGGACACCGGAGAGGAGGAGGGAGGGGGCCGGGCCGAGCAGGCUGACAGGCUCAACAGGGGUGAGUUGAUGGCCAAUGACAGGAAUGCUAGCCGUGGCUCCUCCCUCCACUCUCGCUCUAGCUCCGCCUACUCUCGCUCUGACCCCUCCGAGACGGACAGGAAGGACUACAAGAAGCUCUAUGAGGAGAUGAGCAGGGAGAAUGCCCGGCUACAGUCUCAGUUCCAGGACUCCCAGAAAAAGAUCAUCCAGACCAAAGGGGAACUGGACAAGGCCAGCCAGAUGCAGGAGCGCUUUGCAGACCGCUCUGUGCUGCUGGAGAUGGAGAAGAAGGAGCGCCGAUCCCUGGAGAGAAGAGUCUCAGAGCUGGAUGAAGACAUAGAGGUCUUAUCGAAUCUGAAGGCCGACAAUCAGCGUUUGAAAGAUGAGAACGGAGCUCUGAUCCGCGUCAUCAGCAAGCUGUCCAAAUAGCGCCACCCGGUGGAGACUUGUGGCAGGACGAGCGAGAGAGGGAGAGACUGUCUGCCCGUUCUGUCCAUCUGUCGGCCGCUAUGCGUUCCAGUGCCAAAGAGAGAAGGAAGAGGAGGAAGGAGGGAAAGAAAAAUAAGAAACGAGUCAACCAGCUGACUGACACUGACACACACACGCUGACGCACACUCUGACACACACACACACACACUGACACGCACACACUGACACGCACACGCUGACACACACACAUGCUGACACACACACACACUGACACACACGCUUACUGACACACGCACACGCUGACACACGCACACACUGACACGCACACGCUGACACACGCACACACUGACACACACGCUGACGCACACACACACACUGACACACACACACUGACACACACACUGAAGCACUCGCCAAAACACAAACACACACACAUGCACUGACACGCACAUGUGCACGGACACAGACACAGACACACACUGACACACACAUGCUCAAACAUGUGCCAUUCCAUUCUUGCUUGAAUUUGAUUAAAUUAUACAUGGGUGUUCGUCCCAAGAAAUGUAUUUCCCAUCCCAUAUAAAGGUUUCCCACAAUAAAAGCACAGCACAGUGUAACAAAACAUUGUAAAGCACAGAGAGGUGUGGUAAAGCAUAGGGAAGCAUUGUAAAGCAUGGAGAGGUCCGGUAAAGCAUAGGGAAGCAUUGUAAAGCACAGAGAGGUGUGGUAAAGCAUAGGGAAGCAUUGUAAAGCACAGAGAGGUAUGGUAAAGCAUAUUAAAAAACAUGGCAAACCAGGGUAAGCUAUGAUAAAUGCAUCGUGUAAUCAUUAUUAAUUAUUAUUAAUUAGUCAUUUAGCAGACACUUUUAUCCAAAAGCGACUCAUGGGUAGCUUGGGGGAAAUCUGCAAAAAUGCCGUGCAAAUUUAGUGUGGUAAACCUUUGUAAGGAUUUAAUAAAUGGAGCUCAUGCUGGCCAUCCUUUCACAGAGGCGACGUGCUCACAGCAGAGCUAGCCUCUGCUUUGAAAUCCGUUUCUUUCACUGUGCCGAGAAUCUGCACGUCGUGUGUUGGUUCAUGUUAUCUCAGGAGGCUUCAGAGACGGCGCUCCAGGGAAACUGCGGCUUCCUGCUGCGCUGAGGGUCACACGGUCAGGGACAGAAAGAACCGCAGCACAGCAGGAAGUGAUGAGCUAGCAGGAAGCAGCAGCAACUACAAAAAAAAACAAGGAUAAAGAACAUACCAGCAAGAGAACAGCAGCACCAGUGCUCCCAUUGCUGUGCUGAUGGGUAAGAGAAUGGGUUUUCAAACCUUGGUUAGCUCUCUGUGAAGAGCGUCCUGGAUUGAGGUGAUUUUGAGAGAGAGUCACGUGCCCACGUAGAAUUGGUUCAGCGUUGUUGUUUUGCGCUGAUUUCAGUUCUCUUGUCUGCCCAGCGGUUCAGUAUCGUCACAGACAGCGUUCCUCCUCCACAUUCCCUCCAGUUCUCGCGAUGCUUCCACAAUGUUGUGUGAAUUAUGACACCCACUGUGUUUAUGCGUUCCCUUUUAAUGAAUCACCAGAUAUAACAUAUACUGUGCCUCAGAUCUAUUCAUUUGUUGUUUUGUUUUUGAUGUUUUUCUGUAGCUGUUUGAAUGCCCCUUGGCCUCAAUCUCCACCUUUCACAAGCUUUGAACUCGCCCCUGUGCUGACAGACAGACAGACAGACAGACAGACAGACAGUACAGUCAGUUGGUAUAGUCGGUACAGACAGACAGACAGGGUUCACUUUAUCGAUGAGUCGUGACACUUUCUUUACACGCUGAAUCAUCUUGUCAUAGAGGAGUGCAUGUUUGUGUCAGGAUACAAGACCACAAAGCACAGCAGCCUGGCAGCUUGUUCUUCCCCAAAUGCUGCUGGAGGAUUCUGGAGCUUAUUUGGCCUUCUUCACAGGCAUGCCACUCGCCCCUGUGCUGUGUGACCGGCAAACCCUGCUGCUCUCUCUCCACGCCUCCCCUGAGCUCCCUCGUGCUUCAGGGACCGGAGCACGCUGGGAAACUGACCACACGGCCAGGCUCUGCCCUUCUCUGCAGUGGAGCUCAGUGGUGAUUCUGUGUUUGUAACCCUGUGGUCUUCUGUACAGACUGCCGGCCCGUCCCGCUCACUGGGAGAAGCACACGCCACAGAUCCUUAAGCUGAACCCGGCCUCGUCAUUGUACAAUCUCCACUAGACACCGUCGUACUGUAAUGAUGAAACUGCGAUCACAAGUCAAUACAAGACCAUCGUUGCAGUAAGAUGCAGGUCGGCCUUCUAUGGACGAGAGAUCCACCGCUUCCACCGAUAGCAUGAAACGUUUUCAUUUGUUAGAUUAUUACAUUAAUACUAUAAAUAAAAAAACAAAUCCCACCGAUAAUGACAAUGAUGUGAUUGGGACCAUGCACCAAUUCUUGCUGUGUACAGACCUGCUUAUAUUCAGGCUAAUACGGUACAAUAGCCUGGUGCUUCAGCAGACCACAUUGAGGCUGAUGUUGUUAGCGAGGAUGUGGUUGCCGUGGAGACUGAAGGACGCGUUUUUAUUCGCUUAGCCAGUUCGAACUAUAGUGUGGCACAUCCAGAGAGCACAGGGGUGAAAGGUCACUGCCCAAUAUUGCACCGCAUUUCAUUGUUUUUAUAACGGUUUUGUUUGGCAAAGUGUGUUUUUGUUUCCUUGAACAUAGAGAGGAAGGGAUGUAGUGAAUGAAUAUAUAAAUAUAUAUUGUAAUAUUAAUAACCAUAUUAAAAAAAAUGACAAAGAAAGUUUCAUGUUUCUUAAUAUUUUUCACAUAUUUUCUAAUAUAUUAAAGUUGACGGCACCUGAACAGCACAUGAUACCUAAAUAAAAUCUGUGUUUGUUUGAUAA